AUAUUGUGGCUUGGUUUUUUGGUUUUUUCAAGACACAAACACAGGGCACAAUUUGUUAAUCCUAAGCAUUUUUGCACAUAAAAACUAGAAAAAUAAUUAUAUUACAAGCGUACAAUUGUUUUAUUAUACGGAACAUAUACAAUGGCUAAUAAAUUGGAUCAGGAAACAUUGCAGCAAGAGUUGAAAAAGAGGAAAAUAUGUCGUUUUUGUUUAUGUGAAUCGGUGUCGAAGCUGAGUAAUAUUUAUAUGCGCGAUACACGAAUAAAAACCUCAGCUCCUUUGCCAAUACAAAUUAUGGCCAUCGCAUCAAUUGAGGUAUUCAGCAAUGAUGGUAUGCCAUGCUUUGUCUGUUCCGAUUGUACGGCAAUUUUUGAAUUUAGCUAUCAAUUCAAACAAGUUUGCAAACAAGCUGAUAAUCUGUUGCGACAAUAUCCCUUAACCGGUCAAUGGCCUAAGCCAUUACCUUUACCGGUGCUGAUUCGUCCAACGCAAAAUGUCCUCAAUAGUAAGCAGUGCACCAAAACCACGCAAAUUCGCAUGCAGCAGGGCAGCAAGCAAUCUCCCUCUCAGGAAUCACCAGCCCAAAUAAGGAAAAUUUUAAAUGCAGCACCAGCAUCCGAUCCUGAGCCACCACAACCACUCCGUACAAAGAUAGAGAAGAUCGAUGACGACGACACAACAAUAAGUUUAUUGGCAAAACUUGAAGAGACUGACGAAAUAUCCUUCGACGAUAUACAACAAUUGAUGGCCGCCGAAGAAACCGACCAAAUAGUUGAUGAAACCACUGCACCAGACUUUCAAUCAGAUAUGCCAAUUGUCAUCUUGGAUGCCGGAUUGAAAUCCAAACCGAAAUUAUUGAAUAAAUCUUCUGUUCGUAUAUUAAACAAGGAGGCUGCCCGUGACAAGGAGCCUCGUUUGAGUCUGCCCAAAAUAAAACAGGAUUCGGAAGGCAAUAUGGAAAUUGUAGCCGAAAUUCUGGAUGCCAAUCAACCCUAUGAAGAUGAAUCGGAUCCCAAAAAUGCUGAAGUCAUUGAAACCCAAGUCUAUCCUUGCCCACAUUGUGAUCGUUCAUUCCCUCUGGUGCAACUAAGGGAUUUGCACAUGAAGAAUCACACACGUGAUAGAAAAUUCGAUUGCGAGGAAUGCGACAAAAGCUUCUUUUCCAAAUACGACUUGCAAAGACAUGUCUUCACCCACAAUGGCGAAAAACCUUUCAAGUGUUCAGCAUGCGAUAAAGCCUUCUCACGUUCGACUCUGCUACAAAGGCACGAAAAAACCCAUACAGAAGUACCCAAGUAUAUUUGCGUAACCUGCGAGAGGCCUUUCAUUUCAAAGGAGGACAUGGAAAAACAUGCCGAGCGUCAUAAGAUAAAUCGUCCUUUCCAAUGCAAGCUGUGCAACAAAGGAUUUGCUUUUAAACAAGGCCUGGAACGACAUGAGGUGGUGCAUUCUAGACAGCAACCCUACCCAUGUCAAUACUGUAACCAAAGUUUCUCAACUCCCAGCAAAUUGGCACGGCAUCUAACUGCUCACGCCGGCCAAAGACCAUAUCCCUGCAAAUAUUGUAAUAAAUCAUAUUUACUAUCACAUCAUUUGACCCGGCAUAUGCGUUCACAUAAAGAGCAUGUGGACAAAUCCAAUGCUGCGUGGUUUAUGUGCAGCCGAUGUUCGGAAAGUUUCCAGACAAGAGAUGAGCUGAUUUCGCACUCGUCCACACAUGCUGAUGCAAAUAAUCUCUCGUGUUCUCUCUGCAAGGAGGUAUUCAUCAGUGUGGAUGAACUUACAGGCCACAUAAAACAGCAUUCUGUUGGUGAAGCUUACGCUUGUGAAUUUUGUGACUUAAUCUUCACAAUGGCAGAUAAAUUACAAGAGCACAUCGAUUCGGAACAUGCCCAAGAAAUGGAAGCAUAUCAUGAAGAUGAUCGUAUUCAAGCAGAUCGCAGAAUGAAGGAGGGGAAUUUAACGCAACCGGAUGGUAUAGAAGAAACUCUGCAAGACUCGGUUAAUGAAAUACUAUUUGAUGAUACAACAGAAGCAAGUGGAAAUAUUGGCGAGCAGAUAACUAUUAAAAAAGAAAAAGAAAAUCCGGAAAUAAUCCAACAAGUUAUUAUUAAAAGUGCUGCUCCGAUAAAAAGGCCGACCGAAGACAAUGACGACAAUAGCCUCUUAAUUCCACUCAAACAAAGAAAAGUUCAAAUUAAUAGUAAUAAAUUAAUAACUCAAGCAGCAAGUCCAAAUACAACACAAACACAAUUACGACGCAAGCUACCAACAGCGCCUCAGGCAAGAGAAAAAAAUCAACCAUCGAUUGCAGAUUCAAUUAUGAGAAUGCCCAAAGGUAUAACCGUAAAGAAAACCACAAGCAAUGAAGAUAAAAUUAAUGCAAACCAAUCGCCGAACACAACCCGGUCGCCUAGAUCUGGAAAUACAUCAUUAAAUGUUUCACCAUCGACAUCAUCUUCGUCGUCGUCACAAACAGGUGUUACAAAUGUACGAAUACAGCGAAUGCGUGUUACAAAGGCCCAGGCAGAGCAAUUGGUCAAAGAAGGUCGCAUCAAAAUGAAGGAUGGCCAAAUGAUUUUAAAUAAGGAAAAAUAAUUUAUUUAUUUUCAUUUUAUCAGUUUUAAUUACUGCAUGUUUUUAUAUAAUUGAUGUAUUUCUAUCAUUGAAUCAUUUUCAUUGUUUUUUCAUUGUUUAUCUAUUAAUUUAAAGCUGAAGUACAUAAUAUAUAUGUAUACUUCGAUUUUUAAUGGCAAGAGAUAAAUAAAAACUAAAUUUAUGCGAAAUGUAAAAA